AUGAGAGAUUUGAAAUAUGAAGUGGGAGAUCGUGUGUUUAUUCAAGUGAUACCAAUGAAAGGGAAAACAAGAUUCGGUAGAAAAGGGAAACUAACUCCGCGAUAUAUCAGGCCAUUUCAGAUUUUUGAAAGGCUUGGCCCUAUUGCUUAUCAUAUGGCUUUCUUGCUGGAAAUGGAGCAAAUGCACAAUGUUUUCCAUGUAUCAAUGCUUCGCGGGUAUCUUAGAGAUCCGUUUCAUGUAAUUGACUACCACCAAAUAGCCUUAGAUGAUGAUAUGAGAUACGAGGAAUGGCCAAUACGGAUCCUUGAUCGGCAGUUGAAGCAACUAAGGAACAAAUCCAUUCCAAUGGUGAAAGUGGAGAGGAGAGAACAUUACAGAAAGGAGGCUACAUGGGAAAAAGAGGAAGAAAUGCAACAACGAUACCUAUAUUUGUUUCCGAAUUGA